UGAGUGUGUGCGUUGAUGUCUGACUUAUUCUUCUGAUUUUCAUGUCUCUUACUGAAAGAAAACAGGAAGCAGGUUUUACACGUUUGUCGGAAGCUGGUGUUCAACACAACGGUUCAGAAGAGGAAGUAGAAAGACCUGCAAAUAUGAUUUGAGGUUUAAGUUCUGAAGAAAACUACUCCAAUCAAAGAGUCUAAUAAAAAUACCGAAGUGAAAGGAGUUAACUGGAGAAACAAGAAACAUCUACAUCAUCAUUUUCAUGCUGUGAGUUGGUGAAGGACGAUGGCAUCUGUUAAAGAGCUGCUCGUGGACUCACUGAAGGAGCUGGUAGAAGUUGAAUUGAAGGAGUUUCAUUGGCGCUUAAUGGAUACAUACCAUAAGCGUAUAUCAAAGUCUGAAAUUGAAAAGGCAGAUAUAUUCGACACAGUGGAUAAGAUGGUUACAUGUUUUGGGCCAGAAGAAGCUGUUAAGAUCAUGGUGGAAAUCCUGAGGAAGAUGAACCAGAAUGAUCUGGCUGGACAGUUGGAGAAUAAACACAAGCAAUCUCAGAGUGAGGACAGUAUGAAGACAUCUGUCCCUGUUGGAGAGAUGCAAAACUUCUUGAAGACUCACAAAAACAACAUGAAGAAGAAAGCAAAAUAUAUUUUUGAGGGCAACAAACAAAAAGACACAGAUCUCAAGGCUGUUUACACAGAACUGCUCAUCACAGAGGGAGAUAUGAAAAAUGUCAAUCACGAACAUGAGAUUCUGAAGAUUGAUGAUGCUUUCAAUACCAAAAAAACACAGGGCAAAUUAAUCAAAUGCAGUGAUAUAUUUAAUGAACUAAGAAAAAACAAUGAGAAAAAGAUUGUGCUGACCAAGGGAGUUGCUGGCAUCGGGAAAACUGUUUCUGUGCAAAAAUUCAUCCUGGACUGGGCAGAAGGAAACACCAGUCAGGAUAUAGACUGUGUGUUCAUGCUUCCAUUCAGAGAGACCAAUGUGAUUAAAGACAGAGAGGUCAAUCUCCAUGAGUUCCUUCAAGUAUUUUAUCCUGAAAUAAAGGAACUGGAAAAUUCUAAUUUAUAUUCCAAAUAUAAUCUAGCAUUUAUAUUUGAUGGACUUGAUGAGAGUCAGUUGCCAUUGAACUUUAAAAGCGAAACACUGGACACUGUUGAGAAAAGAGCAUCUGUAGAUGUACUGUUUACAAGUCUGGUCAAAGGUAAGCUACUUCCAUCAGCUCUUGUCUGGGUGACCUCACGACCAGCAGCAGCCAAUCAGAUCCCUUCCCGGUAUGUGGGUUUGUUCACAGAGGUGCGAGGAUUUACUGACCAACAGAAAGAGGAGUACUUCAGAAAGAGAAUCACAGAUGAGAGUCUGGCCUCCAGAAUUAUAUCACAUAUUAAGACGUCUCGUAGUCUCUACAUCAUGUGCCACCUUCCUGUGUUCUGCUGGAUCACAGCCACAGUACUUCAGAAUAUUCUCAUUGAGAACAAUGCAGAGAACAUCAGUACAACACUCACUGAAAUGUACAUUCGUUUCCUGCUGAUACAGAUGAACAUGAAGGAUCAGAAGUACGAUGGAAAAGAACAAAGACAACCUACAAAGCUUUUACAUUCAAAUAGAAAAUCGAUUCUGAAAUUAGCCAAGCUAGCAUUUGAACAACUGAAGCAGGAAAACUUUGUGUUCUGUGAGAAAGAUCUGAAAGCAUGUGGUAUUGAUAUGAGUAAAGACACUGAAUUAACAGGAAUGAUCGCUGAGAUCAUCAAGACAGAAGAUGGACUUUUUGAGACAAAGGUCUUCUGCUUUGUGCAUCUGAGUGUUCAAGAGUUUCUCGCUGCAGUGCAUGUGUUCAUCUGCUACCUGAACAAGAACAAGAGAGAGCUUCGGUUUUUCUUUGAAAACUCACAAAAUACAGCCAGACAAAAGCUUCAGGUCUUAUUUAGAAAUGUCAAAUUGCAUGACUUAAUAAAGAGGGCAACUUAUAAAGCAAUGCAGAGUCAGAGAGGACAUCUGGACCUGUUCCUGCGGUUUCUGAUGGGCAUUUCACUGGAAUCCAGUCAAAAUCUGCUCAAAGGCCUGAUCACACACACUAAAGACACCACAGAGAGCAUCAGACAAACCACUGAAUACAUUAAACAAGUACAAAACAAGAAUAUCACAAAUGAAGCUUCAGUCAACCUAUUCUACUGCUUACUUGAGCUCAAAGAUCAUUCAUUAUAUGAGGAAAUUCAGAGUUACCUCAGUUCAGAUGAACAUUCAGGAAGAGAACUCUCAUCUUCAAUGUGCACAGUGCUAACCUACAUCGUGCUCAUGUCAGAGAAGGUGCUGGAUGAGUUCAACCCAAAGAGGUUCACGUCAUCACCUUCAAACUAUGAGAGACUCAUUCCAGCUGUGAGAUGCUGCAGAAAAGCCAUAUUUAAUGGCUGUGAUCUCUCUGAUCAGCACUGUGAAAGUUUGUCUUCAGCUCUACAAUCAAACUCUCAUCUAAAAGAGUUGGACCUGAGUAACAGUCGCUUGACCGAUUCAGGGGUGAAGCUGCUUUCUGCUGGACUGAAGAGUUCACACUGCCAACUGAACAUAAUGAGGUUUGACUUUAAAAUUGAUUCAUUCACUGUGUUCAGUGUGCGAAUAUGCAAAUGAAUAGGUAUUUCAUAACUGUAUUGUAGUAUAGUUACAGGUGAAUUAGUGAUAUACUCUCCAAGGACACAAGUCAGGCAGUGCCUCCUCAAAAAAAAAAAAAAAAAAAAAAACGAUGAUAAAACAAUCAACAGUACAAAAAUCAGGGUUUCCACGUCAUGGAAAACCUGGAAUUUUGUAAUGCUGUUUUCCAAUUACAAAGAAUGGAAUUAAAUUAAUGACGCAAUGGGAAUGCCUGUAUGGAAUCAGUUAAUUGGCUGAUGACAUGGGUGCCGCCCCAAAGUCACUACGUCACCUGCUCUAAUACUAGCGAACAUGCCUUCCGCUCCUCAGAUUACCUGCCGACGAAGUCUAGUCGGCAGAAUUAUGAGCUUGGUAGCGAAUGCAGUGUAUUUUUCCCUAUUCACAGAACAUGGGUUACAUGAGUAACCUGAGAUGUUCUAUUUCAUAGGUUCACUCAGUGCUGUGUUGCUAUAGCGCAAUGGAAACGAUAUACCACACCUGCCAAGCUAAGUGCUAACAUAUCUGGCCCGAUGCAAAAUCAACCAGGCUAUAACCUCAAAUUCAGGCUAUAACCUCAGGUUCAAGCAGAAUGAAUCUGGGAAUUUUAAAUUAAUCCAAAUUCAAGCUAUAAAACCUGAUAAAAGUGUGAGGAGAGGACCAUUCUUCCGCCAUUCAGAUAUCCUACAGGGGAACUCCUCUGAAAAGAGCUUGAGAGGAAGCAACUCUUCUGGUAGAAUGAUGAUCUUGAAUGUGGUGAAGAGAGACCUCGCACUUCAUAAAGCAAGCGAGAUAUCGUCCCUCUCUCAGACACUCUCAGUAGGCAUCUGACACUCUCAGUAGGCAGAGGGUCGGCCACAAGGGAUGAACUCCUAUGAACUUCAUCCACCACAGAAAUGUGUGCUAACCAAAACAAGCGGGCCAAAUGUUUUGAUUUCGAAAAACCGAGCAUUAAUAUAAUAUCUGUGUAAAACUGUGCAAAAUAGAACUGUAAAGAAGAUUGAAAACUGAUUUGCGCAUGACACCUCUUGUAUUAUACUAUAGAAAAUUACAUUCAUAUUUGACAUCUUUGUUGUAUUGAAUUGAUUGUCUUGUGCUUACUAUAAAUCCAUUGCAUUAAUAUAACAAUAUGUCUUUGUAAAAACAUUCAACAUCUUAUUCAUUAAGAAAUCAGUGAAUGGUCACUCUCAAAAGGCUGACACAAUGGGCAGCUACUCUUCAUAAGUGUGACAGUCAACAUCAUUGGGACGUUGCCGCUGAACUUUUUUGAUGGUGAUCAGCUGCAAAAUGGCUUGGUCCUGCUCGGUUUUCUUCGAUUUUGAGUAAAACAAUUGAAAGUUUUUCAAAAGAUCCCCCGGGGUCAAUGUGUCAGCGUGACAGAAGUUUGAUGCUGUUGUGUGAGAACAAGCAACAGCUGGCAUUUUUCCUCCUCCCAAGUGCCUCAUCUUUUUAAUCUCCUCACGUAAAUGAUUAGAUUUCCAUAGCUUACGUUUCUUCCCCACCACAGAAACCAGCACAGGUUCAUCAAUGCUGUCAAAAUUAUUCAUUUUUGUUUGUUUGUUAGUUGAUCACAAAGUACAAAGUAGAUGAGGAAAACUAGGAUGCAAGGUGUAUUCAAAGCACCGCCAUUACUCUUCACAAUGCGUGGAAUGGUGUGCUGUGAUUGGUUGAGCGGAUGUAUCGCUUUCUGCAGAGAAGGGAGACUGGCGUUUGUCUCGGUUUGGAAAGAUAGAGAGAAAA